GUACGUUUCCACCGCGCUUCGAAUGAUCCUGCGGUGAAGGCACAGUCCAUUGACUUCUGUAUUUUAUCGGCGGAGAGAACCCCCGCCACGCUGCCGUCAUGACGCUGCACUGGUGGAUGCAUUGGUUCUGGGUGACGACGCUGCUCACCAUACUAUGGAGCUGCCAAAUAACCGCUGCGCCCCAGUCCGAAGAACUCCAGCACCUAACCACCGACGUAGAAAUAGAACCCAGCGACCGGCAGGGCCGGGCCAUGUACUUCACCAAAACAAUUUCCACCACCAAACCCCCCAACAUUACUGCCAAUCAAACUGACGAGCUUAUACAACCAAUUCAGAAUGUAACAAACGCUACAACUGAAGCACCAGUAGCGCUCCUAAAUGCGACAGACGACAAAAAUGUGACAGAAACACUGACAGCGCCAAACGCGACGCUUUCCAACGCAACAGCAGCGCCAGAGCUCACUAAUUUAACUGACGCGCAGAAUGCAACAUUCGCAUCAAAAAGAAGGAACCUAACGCGGCCUGAUGUAGUCAAAACCGAUACUAUAGAACGAACAUCAGAAAGCCGAAUAGUAACUGACAAACCUUUGUCUUUAGAAACUCAGAAUUUCCUGCAGACUCGCAUCCCGCCGAACAUAGAAUCUUCUCGAAGAGUUAUCGAGCAGGCAGGCGGUAUGGACAUGGGUGCCAUAGCUGGGAUAUCGUUUGCUGCUUUAGUUCUGGGCGCGCUGGCUGGAAGCACGGCUUUCGUGCUGUACAGGCGGAGGUACCUGAAUAAGCCACAGACGUUGAAUGAUAAAUGCUCGAAUCCAGACUCUAGCGGGUAUCUUGAUGACAGCACUAUACGGGACAACUCAGAGGAGAUGUACAGCCUCGACAAUGACUCGUUCCUCAACUCACUGGAGGCCAUGACCAUCCAGAACUACUGGACGGACACCGUCAAACACACCAAGCUGUAACUAUAGCAGCGUUGACAUGACUAGCCAUUUGUGAACCUUACUGCGGCGACAUAAGGUAUACCAGGAGACCGAGAUGUACAGCCUCGACGCCUCCUUCUUCUUGCUGGAAGCCAUGACCAUUCAAUACUUCUGGACGGACACCGUCAAACACACCAAGCUGUAACUGUUGCAGCGUUGACUGGUCAUUUAUGAACCUUACUGCGGCGACAUAAGGUCUAUAUUUAGGAUGCUAAGAGAGAAUAAUUUCGUACAUUAACCCGCCAUUUCCUAAUCUAUAUCGCACACGCAUAUUUACUGUCCCGCUCGCAUAGUGGCAUUGACCGACUGCAUCAUGGCAGGCGUGGCUCACUUCGCGAUGUCGUCGCGUCGCUACAACCGCUACAAGUACAUGCGGCCCACACCAAUAUUGGUGUCUAGCAGUAGUAAUUGCCGCGCACCGCUACGGAACGGACGCCUGCUCGCGCUUGCGUCACCUAGAGGACCCACCACGCGUUCUGUUAGAGAGUGAACCUUCCGUACUUAGUACUAUUAUUUAUUUUGUAAUCAUGGGCGGGAUAGCAUAUUACGCGCGUACGAAAUUAUUUGUGCUUAGCGUCCUUACCAGUGGUCAGUUGAGUUGCUGUUUGUAGGGAUGAAGUAUUAGAAAUGAAUGGCGCUGUUAGGUUAGGGGGCCCUAUGCAAAAUAUUGGGCAUUUUCUAUGAAAAGGGACCUUAUUGUCGAUGGCGCUUACGCCGCACAGCGCCGCGCGGCAUUGUAUUUAUAUCGGAGCAUCGUAAGCGCCAUCGACAAUAAGGUCCCUUUUUAUAGAAAAUACCACAUAUGUCAUUGUGUAUGAAAAUAAAAAAGUAUCGCUUUAUACCCAUCGAGCUAUUUGGAGUUAUAAGAGUUUGAAAUUAUCUUCAAUUAAAAACUUUAACUCCAAAUCGGUAAUAUACCUAUACUAUCGUAACACUUAAAAUAAUUGUCAAUCCUAUUCGUUAGUUUUCCGACUAUUUAUGAUUUUGACUCAAGGGUCUCGUAAUUCCAAAUACUCUUAGCUUAGCUCGAUGGUGCUUAAAGUUAAAAAUGUUUAUUUGACAUGCAAAAAUGACCCUUACGACUAAGUUAUUAUCAUACCAAUAUCGAGUAACAUUUUUGUUAUUGGGUUUCAUACUCAAUGACGUGUCCGGUUUUAGGCUCCCGAUAGCAAAUUAAGUAUGUUUAGAAAUGUAAACUAGAUUGUUUAAGAACCCCUUCCAAAGUGAACUGUAGAUGUAGAUGGUGUUAUUAUAUUUUCAUUAACAUUUAAACUGUCUACCGCCUGGCUUGAAAUUGACAGUUGGAAAUUAAAGUAUUUUUCAAUGUAAUAGGAUAAAAUACAGAACUUUGAAAUGGCUUGUAUUUCGUGCUAUCAAGGAAGAAUUUAUGAAGUAUCCAAUGCAAAUGAUAAUUUACAUUGUGAAAUAUGAGUGAUUUCCAAAGUAUUUAUUCACAACAUGUGUAUGUAAACUACCUAUAUGUAGUCUUGACUUUUGUAAACGAGAUUAAUCAGAACUAUAAAAAUAUUGACAUUUUUGACCUAAACCAGAAUUGGCCGCAUUGGCAAAUAUAUCUUGAUAAGAGAAACAUGGUUUAUUUUGCUAGGGCCAAGAAAAACAGUAUGGGAAUUCCCUAUAAGUGUUUUACUUGCCCUAAUUUUGCUCGUGUCCCAUUUAAUCCUAACUUAUUUAGAGUUGAAAUGUAUUGUUUCAGUAUUCUGAAAUGUCGACGGUUUGACUUUUCUCCUAACCUUAUUUUUAUUUGCUUAAAGAAGUUGCGACAUCAGUACCUAUUUAUGAAAUGAGAACAAUAAUAAGAUUCGUCAAACGAAUGUCUGUAAAAAUAAACCCCAGGAUAUAACAUGUCUUGUCUGUAUUUAGUAAGAAUGUGACGAUUUAUUAUUAAUUAAUAUUAAUAAUCGGUGUGAACUUUUAAUUCGGGUAAUUAUUAAUUUGUAUUAGUAGUUGACGAUUCGUCAACACUUCUGUAAAUAGUACAUAAUGUGAUAAUUAUUUUUAGACUUGUUAUAACAUGAUUUAUUUUAGAUUUAGUGUUCAUAGAUACUAUUAUUUCUUACCGCUUUUACACUAUUUUUAAGUUUUAAACUUUAUCGAUUUAAAAUGAUUAACUGUAUAAUUUGAUUGGAAUUGACAUUUGAUUACAUAUUGCUUAUUUAAAUAUUAUUUGACCAGUGAUUUUCAAUGUCUAUUAGCUUAGGUAUGUGUUAAUGAUCUCAAUUAUAUCAAUGUACUGUUAGAA